AUGAAUGCGACGGUAGUUAUUUCUAGACAACCCGCUCCUGAAGUUCGAAUUCCUCUGGAGGAUCAAAUGGCCAACUUUGGCAAAUUCUCUGCGCCAUCAUCCAUCUUAUCAUAUCCGGCGACAAACUUCAAGCUCACCUUUGAUCAGAAUACAUUCAGCAGUUCUGGGCUGAAUUACUACGCGGUUUCCGCAGAUUGUAGCCCAUUGCCGGCAUGGAUCCAGUUUGAUGCACAUUCAUUAUCUUUCACCGGGCGAACACCUCCGUUUGAGUCUCUGGUUCAACCGCCACAGACAUUCGAUUUGAGCCUCGUUGCUUCCGAUAUUGUAGGAUUCUCGGCUUCGUCACUCAAAUUUUCCAUCGUGGUGGGUAGUCAUAAGCUUACUACCGAUAAGCCGAUUGUUACGCUGAAUGCCACGCGGGGCACAGCGGUCAGCUACGAUGGCUUGGAAAAUGGUAUCAAGCUUGACGGAAAACGGAUAUCUCCGAGCGAUCUGACCGUGACCACCAAGGAUAUACCCAGCUGGUUGUCGUACGAUGACAAGACGGGGAGACUUCAAGGCACACCCAAGGAUGGCGACCAUGCAGCCAAUUUCACCAUCACCUUCAGAGAUAAGUUUUCGGACAAUUUGGAUGUUUUGGUCGUUAUCAACCUGGCUACUAGCCUCUUUGUCUCUACUAUCGAAGAUAUGAAGAUUAGACCAGGGAGCAAAUUCGACUUGGACUUGACCAAACACUUCAAAAAUCCCACUGACAUUGCCGUCAAAGUGUCAACCAGCCCUGAGAAGGAUUGGCUUAAGGUUGACGGGCUCAAGCUCUCCGGUGAUGUUCCGAAGACAUCAAAGGGGAGCUUUAAAUUGGCCAUUGACGCAUCUUCAAAGAGUUCGAGUCUCAGCGAAAAGGAAGUUAUUGAAGUGGACUUUCUUGCCCUCGAUGGAACGACGACGACAAUUCCUUCAGUUUCAUCUUCCGCUGCUACGACAACGGCGAGAGCUACGGCUACCGAAAGCGAUAUCCCUGAUGAUGGACAGACUCAGCCUGGACAUAUGAGCACAGGAGAAAUCCUACUGGCAACUGUCAUUCCUGUGAUAUUCGUCGCAGUUCUUCUUAUGAUAUUGGUGUGCUACUUCCGUCGCCGUCGUUCUGGACAAGGAUACCUGGGCAGCAAGUAUCGUCCAAGGAUCUCUCCUCCUGUGCUUAGCACUAUGCCAGCUAAUUUUUCAGACCCAUCGAUGCGAGAAGCUGCUGCAAUGGGGGCUUUUGUGCACACAGAAACGGAGGUAUUCAAGCCUGCCAAAUCAGCCUUUGCAGAGGAAAGCUCGCCUAUAUCUUUUCACAGAAGGAGUUCAGAAACGCUAGGUGGACUGUCAACUUCUGAGAUGCCGCAAAGCAUGAUGGUGGACGCCGCUCGAACAACAACUAUCCGCAGCGUCAGCAACGUUAACAGCGAAGACGGGAGGCAAUCGUGGAUUACAAUUGACGGGGCCCCCGGCGGGAUAUCUCAAAGCGACAGAUCCUCGCAAUCCGAAGUGACGUUCCCCGAGGCCACCCGUCAAAUAUUCCCCGGGGCUGACUAUACGCCGAGGCGAGAUACAGGACUGGAAAUCACCCUUCCUACUCUCAACGAAUUGCCUAGUCUGCAACCAACUCCCUUGUUGUCACAUGACUCAAUGUCACUCUUUUCACAACAUUACAUGGGCCACCAGUCAGCAAUUACAUCCAGCUCGGCGGCCCUCCCCGUCCAAGACGACCACCAGUAUACCACCGCUCCCCUGGGAAAAUGGCCCACCGGAUCAACAGACAUAGUUGACGGCUCAGAACCAAACUGGGUGACACUCGCGAAAAGCGAGACAGGGAGGAGUAUAUGCGAGAUACGAAAACCCGACGCUGUGGCAGUUAAGCCGACCCGGCCCUGGAACGAAGCCGACUCCCUAAACGGUGGCAAGAGUGUCACUACAGAAGUAUCCUUCGCAUCCUCUGAGAACUGGCGCGUCAUAGGCCGCCUCAGCCCGACCAAGACUGAGAGGUCGGGAAAAGAGAUUGUUGACGAUAUUUCUCUCCACCCUUCCCGGCCGGGCGCCUCUCGCGAAGCCGCUCAACAAGCGGACCACGACCCUAGCACGGAGCUGGCAUCGACUAAUAAGUGGGGGGAUGUCCCGUCACCGCUGGCCUCGGAACGACCUGCUCCCUCGAUGAGUAGAUUCUCCAAGAUGAGUGAUGUGGGCGAUGAGGCAACUCAUAUGUCAGGGGGAAGGGGGUUUGACGAAGCCCCAUGGAUAAGAGAUCAAUCGGGCAAGAUGUCAGACGGAAGCUUCAAAGUAUUUUUAUAG